AUGUUCGAUGUACAUACCCUGGAAAAGGACAAAAGAUGCGUUAAGGAGUUUACGAAAGAGAUAGAGCAAAAACUCAAAUUUUCAAACGUUGUGAAGCCGGAAAACACGGUAGAUGCAGAGAAUGUAGUGAUGACUGGCUGUUUACACGUGUACUACGCGAACAGAAUCGGAUUUGUUGAUGAUUAUGAUGCUAAAACACGCAAAAGUGCGGUGGAGAAUACGGAGAAGAAAGAAGCAACCGGUAAAACUGAGAACACAAACGUAACCAACGAUGGGGUUUUGCAUAACUUCCACAGCAACACUUACAUCUCCUUUAAAGAUUAUUUCAUUAAUUACUUAGAAUUUACACGCAUCAUUGAUCUAAGCGAGUGUUACUUCAGCAUCAAAAAAUUUGAACUGGAUGUAUUUCUGACUGUCCUUUGCCACGAAUACAUUGAUCAUCAGAUCGUAACAUUUCUGGGUAAAGUGCUUGUUGACCCAGUGGACUACCCAAAAGAAGAGAAAAAACAGUUUUACUGUGUGUUGCUUCUUUGCUAUUUCUAUACCAGAAAAGUAACGAAUAAAGGGUCGGCCACCGACAUGAUGAGGCUCCGAGACAAGCUCUAUCAUAAAACAAAGAAAAUGAGCUAUCUGCUCGACACGAAGGUCCUCAAAAAAAUGCUAUUUUGA